AUGACCAUCCAAGACGACAGCAAGAGCGGUGAAGCUGUUUAUCCAGUACCUUCUCGCUUGUUGGCUGGUGGUAGUUGCCCCACUCCACAUGUAGUCGGCAUGGAUCAAUACAAGAAAAUGUGGGAGGAAAGCGUGAAUGAUCCUGAUACCUUUUUUUCCAAGUUGGCACAAGACUUGUUGACAUGGUCCAAGCCCUUCACCAAGGUGCGUAGUGGUGGUUUCCAUGAAGGUGACGUGGCAUGGUUUCCCGACGGUGAAUUGAAUGCAAGCUAUAAUUGCAUUGACCGACAUGCACUUGUAAACCCUGAUAAGGUGGCUAUUAUCCAUGAAGGGGAUGAACCUGACAAUGUCGUCAAGAUCACGUACCAACAACUGUUGCAGCACGUGUCGCGUGUGGCCAAUGUACUCAAAUCCUUGGGUGUACGCAAGGGAGACAAUGUGUGCAUUUACAUGCCUAUGAUUCCAGAAGCUGUGUAUGCCAUGCUUGCGUGUACUCGUAUUGGUGCUUUGCACUCUGUGGUGUUUGCUGGUUUCUCCUCUGAUUCGUUACGUGAUCGUAUUCUUGAUUGUGGUGCACGUGUGGUCCUUACAGCUGAUGAAGGUCGACGUGGUGGUAAAAACAUUGCCACCAAGCGCAUUGUGGAUACGGCUGUCAAUGAGUCUCCUUGUGUACAACAUGUGCUUGUGUGCCGACGUACUGGAUCAGAAAUCCCAUGGACCGCAAGUCGUGAUAAAUGGUGGCAUGAAGAAACAGCCAAAGCACGUCCCUAUUGUCCCCCUGAGAGCAUGAAUGCUGAAGAUCCUAUGUUUUUGCUCUACACAUCAGGAUCCACAGGCACACCCAAAGGUGUGCUUCACACCACAGGCGGUUAUUUGGUGGGUGCUGCAGCUACUGUGAAAUACGUUUUUGAUUAUCAUGCCGAAGCAGGCGAUGUGCACGCGUGUAUGGCGGAUAUUGGUUGGAUCACAGGCCAUACAUACAUUGUUUAUGGUCCACUCCUCAAUGGUGCCACCACCUUGUUGUUCGAAUCCACACCUACUUACCCUGAUCCAUCUCGAUUUUGGCAAGUCAUUGCACGACACAAGGUCACCCAAUUUUAUACAGCACCUACGGCUAUUCGCGCAUUGCGUCGUCUUGGUGAUCAAUGGUUACAGGAACAUGACUUGUCGUCGUUGAGAGUAAUUGGAUCUGUGGGUGAACCUAUCAACCCAGAAGCUUGGCAGUGGUACAAUGAACAAGUUGGCAAGGGUCAAUGCGCAGUGGUUGACACCUAUUGGCAAACUGAAACGGGAUCCAUUAUUGUUACUCCAUUGCCUGGUGUUACAUCCACAAAGCCAGGUUCAGCUACUUUGCCUUUCUUUGGUAUCAAGCCUGUUAUUCUUGAUCCUGUCUCUGGCAAAGAAUUGGAAGAAAAUGAUGUCACGGGUGUCUUGGCCAUUGCUCAACCUUGGCCAUCCAUGGCUCGUACCGUUUACAAUAACCAUCAUCGAUACCUUGAUACCUACUUGUAUCCUUACAAGGGCUACUACUUUACCGGUGAUGGCGCAUCUCGUGACAAGGAUGGCUACAUUUGGAUCCGUGGUCGUGUGGAUGACGUGAUCAAUGUAUCUGGUCAUCGAUUAUCAACGGCUGAAAUUGAAUCGGCCCUGAUCCUUCAUAAUGCAGUUGCUGAAGCUGCGGUGGUUGGCGGAAACGAUGAUUUGACUGGCCAAUGUAUUCAUGCCUUUGUCACUCUCAAACCCAAUGUGGAAGUAGCUGAGGGUCUUGAUAAGGAACUUGUAUUGCAAGUACGCAAAGUCAUCGGUCCUUUUGCCACACCCAAACGUAUCUACAUUGUCGGUGAUCUUCCAAAAACUCGCUCGGGCAAGAUUAUGCGUCGCAUUCUACGCAAAAUUGUCAAUAAUGAAUCUGAUCAACUUGGUGAUACAUCUACUCUUGCUGAACCAGCGGUCGUGCAAUCGCUCAUUGAUAAGGUCAAGUCGUCGUCGUAA